GGCGCUCCAUUUUCGCCAUUUUGAUGCCAGAGAGAAGCACUUUUGCACCCCAGGAAUAAAAUAAAGCAGCGCAUCACGAGCUCCCAGGCCAAAGAUCAGACACAACUGCAGCAUCAGAAUGGAGGACAGUAGUGGAGUUGCUGUCCUUGUGCCUCACUCUAGAGGCCAGCGGGAUACCGUCUUCGUUCCCGACAGAUGUCUUCAUGGUGCUGAAGACCAGCAACGGCAGCAGCAAAAGCAGGCUGCCGACUCUCUUAUUCAGGUCAUUGAGAAGCUCAGCAAGAUCGUGGAAAAGCGGCCCAAGCGAUGCACUGUCUCUGGGAAAAAGAGACCCUUGAUGAUCUGUGCGUCUGUACCUGUUCCGGACAGCAGGGACAGCACUGAAGGGCUCACACCUUGUAAGAGAUCCAGAGAACAAAGAGAUGACUGCCCAACAUCCAGCAGCACACCUGGGCACAUGUUCGAAUCCGAGCCUUCAAGUUUAGGCACUCGGACGGUCACCUGCUACCAGUGCAGUAUGUGCCGAUUUGUCUCCCCUAAAUUGGAGCUGUUGAAAGAGCAUCUGCUGCUUCAUGACGAGCAGCACAGUGACCUCAUCCUCAUGUGCUCAGAGUGCCAGUUCACUUCAAACCAUCAAGAGGAGCUGGUGGCACAUGUAAGACUUCACCUGGAGGAAAGCGAUCAUGCCAGACACAUCCUAGAUGAGCAAGGGAUCGCAUCGGCAAGGAGAGCUCACCAAAGGAUGGCAGUUUUGAAGGUGAGAAAUAUGGAAUCAGACAAGACGAUUACGCCGAAGAAGUGGUACAGCUUUGAGCAGGGCAGGUACCGUUGUCUCAUCUGCAACUAUGAAUGCAGACAACAGCGUAAUCUGAAGACCCACGCAUGGAAACACGCUGGCUUGGUUGACUGCUCGUACCCCAUAUUUGAAGAUGAGACAGACUGUCCUGAUACUUUACAAAGCACCAGUUCUCAUUUGGUUCCAGCAGGUAGGGAGGAUACAAUUGUAGUACUCGCAGCAGUUGGAGGAAAACCUCAGACAAUUCAUGGCUCCUCCAGCCUCCAGCUAGAGCUGUGUGCUUCACCAGAAGUGAGGUGUCAAGGGGAGAAGGAAGGUUUGAAAACAGUGGAGGUCAAACUCCCAGUGAUUAGUCAAGUUUUUUCUCUUAAAGACCCAGAGGAGCACUUGGUGGAGGUGCAGGUGACACCAGAAGCACAAAUGGAGCUGGAGUUGGAGACUGAGAGCCAACAGGCAAGCUCCGACAGCCUCCUGUCCUCUGCACAGAAGAUUAUCAACUGCAGUGGCAACAGCGCUGGCCAUGUCAACGUCAUCGUGGAACGCCUUCCCUGUGCCGAGGAACCGGUGUCAAGCAAACCUCUGCUCCUCAGCCCAGAAGUACGAGGUGACAAGACCCUUCUUUCCUCUGAGGAGCCAGAUUUAGAGAGCCAACACCUCCCUGUAUACUACAAACAAAAGGAGGAGGUUGUGAUUGCCUGGAAUGGAGAAGAUCGACAACAGGAGGAAGAGUCGAUGUCUUUGGGUUCUUCCUCGGAUGAAAACAUGCCACCGGUUCGGAGGAGGACUUACUCAGAGUCUCUUCGGCUGCAUUCUUUGGCAGCCGAAGCAUUGGUGGCCAUGCCCAUGAGGACCCCAGAGCUCAGCAAAACCGCUGCAAAAGAUAUCCAUGACCUGAGUACUCAAAGCCCUGACACAGGCCAGAGAAUUAUAGAGAUUGCUGAUACCACCAACCUUAAGGUGUCUUCAGGAGAACUCGCUGCUGCAGUUGGAGAUGCAGGUGCACUUCUUAACAUUGGCUUCCAGAGUUCAAAAGAUUCUCGAGAUGUGCUGGUCGAGGGACCCUCCAAAGUUGGAAUCAGCAUGUCUCUUUUGACUGUAAUUGAGCGCCUGCAAGAGCGUUCAGACCAAAACACUUCAGACGAGGACAUUCUGAAAGAAUUGCAGGACAAUGCCCAAAGCCAACAUGCAGGUGGAGUUCCUGGGGUUGCUGCUGUGCCUAGUGACAUUUCCACUACAGACGGUCUGGUGGAAUAUAUUGCUGGGAGCGAAAGGCCCUACCGGUGUCGACUGUGCCUGUACAGCAGCGGAAACAAGGGUUACAUAAAGCAGCACCUACGUGUACACAGACAGAGACAGCCCUACCAGUGCCCCAUCUGUGAGCAUAUAGCCUGUGACAGUAAGGACCUGGAACGUCACAUGAUCCACCACUUCAAGCCUCGCAUGUACAACUGCAAACAGUGCACUGAGAGGUUCCACUACAAGAGUCAGCUGAGAAACCACGAGAGAGAUGGGCAUGGGAUAGACGACAUGAGCAGCACACUGACCCACGUUGCUGAAAGCACAACAAUCAUUGAAGAGUCAGCCAAGAUAACAGAUGAAGAUUAUUGA